GAUCUUUCGUCUUCCAUCUUCUCGUAAAAAAGUUACGUGUACGCGAUUUUGUCAGUUUUCUUUCUUAUUCGUUUCUUAUCGUAAUUUCUGUUUAUUGUUCGCGAUGCAUGUCUCGCUCAUGCAAAAACUUCCGAUGCCACAGGUGUCGAACUUCUUUUAUCCGUUCAACACUAGCCUCGAAGAAGAGAUCAAGAGAUUAUUUGUCAAUUUUUCGAUCGAGACAGAAAACACAUCUGUUCCAAAUGUCGAAGAUGUAAUGGAGGAGUUCCGUCAUAAUGGACGUGAUUUUGAAUAUUGUCCAGAUCUGGACAAUGUUACAAUGCCAGAAACGACACCACGCCGCAAGAAAAAUAAGAAACCUUUGCCUACAGAAUGCGUUUUCUGUAGAAAUAAUGGCGAAGAGGAGGCUUAUUACCGUAAACACUUGCUGAAAGAUGCUGAUGGUCGCGUCUCCUGUCCAGUUUUAAGGGCUUAUACAUGUCCAAUUUGCGGUGCGUGUGGAGACAUAGCUCAUACGGUCAAGUAUUGUCCAAAAGGCACCAAAAACCCUGGUACAUUGGCAACAGUAAAUGCGUUCAAACUAUUGAGAAACUCUAUGGGCAAACGACGCGUCAAAUAAAAUACCGUGGCACUCGAGCACGUGUCACCAUUCUUGUGCCAUAAAACAUCAAAAGUAUAUCUUCUUUUCAAGGAUUUCGAAGAAGUGGUGCCUCCAUCCUUAACUCUCGCGAGCGUUUCGGUAUCAUCUGCUGGCAGGUAAUUUUACCGUCGUCGCAUCUUUUCAAAUAUAAACGAACCAAAGUGCCUUACAGGAAUGUACAUUAAAUUCCUAGUAACGAUUUCUCGAAACAAUGUUACCAUUCGUUGCUCGGUUGCCAUUGGAUCUUACGAAAUUCAUCUUAUCGAUUAAGCAAAAGAGAAAACAGUUUAUUCUACAUUUCAUUUACUUUGUCUUUAUUUUCUGUUCUUACAUCAUUUAUUUAUUUCGGUUUGGACAAUACGAUAUUUAGUGAAAAAGAAAUAUAAAGUAAACCACUGAAGCUCGGAGGCAAACUAUGAAAAAGAUUAUUAUUCGAAUCGUAAUAUGAAUCGUCUAGAGUUUAGAUAAUCAAGAGGCUGUAUCCAAAGACAUUUUAGUCAUAAGAAAUUAUUUAUACAAAACGGUGCCAUAUACUCUCGUCAAACGUGUCAUUUUUCUAUAAAGUUUCCUUUGCGAUUACGAAAAAGAUUUAUUUAUAAAUGAAUAUUUUUAUCAUCUUUUCAAGUCAUCACUUAAUAUUAUGAUAAUUUCAACUUUUUUUUUUUAAUUUCAUAUACAUACAUUUACAUGCAUUGACAUAACAUUGAUAAAUAUUCAUAUUUUUCUUAAGAUUGUCGACAAAUGUUCGUCAGUGUGAAAACGACUCUUUAAAAAAAGAUUGAAACUUUACAAACAAAUACUGUGAUAAUGUUAAUAAGACUCUUCAAGACUUUUUAUACGACAGUCAUGAAUAUUAAAAAAUCCAUGUUGUUUGUGAUUACAAAUAUAAUUGAUUUUUUUAUAAAUCAUUUAACAAAGUAAAUCACGUUUUUCAAUCUUAAUAGUUUUCAGCAAAAAAUUUUUUUAUCGAGACACGUUAAUGGACAGAGUACUACGUUUAAUUAAGUUUAAAAAAAAAAAUAUUAGACGAUAUUUGAAACUAAAAACAUUUACGCAGUUUUAUUUAUCUAUACAAAAUAUGUAACAUAGAGAUUGCGUUUGUACAUUACUAAUGUUUAUUAAAAGUCAUAAAAGAAAAGAUUUUUCUUUUUAAGAUACUUAGGCUUUUCUUAAAAAGUCGACGAUGGACCAAUGAGAUAUAGUUCCUUUUAAAGUUUAUACUUAAUCAUUUGACAGCAUUAAGUAUAAUGUAUAGAAUGUCCUAACUGAUAGUAUAUACUAUAGGGAAGGAAAGGGCAAAGGAAAGUUUUUUUACUUAUAAAAAUAAGUUGAAAAUA